GGUGGUGAAUGAUUGAUAAUUACAUCAUAUGUGAUACUAUACCUGUUGUUUGAGGCCAAAAAGAAAAAGAAAAAGAAAAAGAAAAAAAGCACCAUUCUGUUAUGGAUACUUUUGCCUCUUGUUUCCCCUUUUUCCUUAUCUACUUCGUUAUCAAUCUGAUAGCCUUUUUUAUGCAGGUAUACCUCAAAGAUGCUUCUGGCUGCAAUAAAUGAGCACUGUCAAAGGAACCUAUGAUUUCAUUUAUUUGCCAAUUGACUUCAAGAAUAAAUGCAACGUUAUGCAUUCAUCAACAUGAUUGAUCCACGACAAAUUAUUGCAUUCCAUAAGGCAUUCAAUGGCAAAAAAUGGGAAAAGUUUAACAGUGAAAAAGUGGCAUUGCUUGCAUAUGCUAGGAUUCAAGGAAAAGCUGCUCUUAUUGCCCGUUUCCAAAACUCAAGCUUGAUGGACAAAGAUAAACAAUGCCGUCCUAUUCUUUUUCAUACUGACAGUCCGAACGCUGGCGAUCAGGUAGGUCAUCAUGUCAAACUAGCGAAGUAGCUCAUAAAGUCUUAUCACUUAUUUGGUUUGAGGGAAGGGAUUGAAAUUUCCCUAUUUGGAUAAAAAAAAUUGAAAGGGGGGAAAUGGAAGGAAACAGAGGGGAGGGGAGGGAAGGGAAAUGGACUCUGUUUCCAUUUCUCUCAAACCAAACAGGGGGUUAAGGUUUAAUAACUUGUGCUACACAGC